UCAUGAUCAGAUCGACUGCUUAGUUUGGUUGUCUCUUUUGGCAAGGUGCUUAUAUUAUGGAAGAGGGAUUAUAAUUUGGUGCUGUUUUUACAGGUGAUGACACUGAUAGAAUCCAAUCAUUGCGGGUCCCAGCAUACCUGGAAAGUCCUGUAAGACCUCAACUACACAAAGCCCAGAGACAGCAAGUAAAAUCAUUCAUGACCCUUGACCACCAGAUCAUCAACCAGACUCUGAAACGGUCUCAUCCUCCAGUGCCAAGCAGUGCGCUGCUGGUACAGCAUGGACACUCCACGCUGGAUGGUGACAUUGGCUUCACAGGAAACUCACUUGCCAAGUUACUAACUCUUGGGAAAGAAGAUGACAAUGCAGAAUGGCAUAUGGAGGACAUUAUUGAGAAUAUAAUCGGUAUGGAAUCAAGUUUUAAGAAAGGAAAAGACUCUCUGCUAAUGCAAAGAACAUUGUCUGGAAGUAUUUUAGAUGUGUAUAGUGGUGAGCAAGGAAUUUCACCGGUUAAUAUGGGACUUACAAGUGCUUCCUGUCCAAGUAGUCUACCAAUGAAAAGAGAAAUUACAGAAACUGACACUAGAGCAUUGGCAAGAGAGAGACAAAAAAAGGACAACCAUAACCUCAUUGAAAGACGAAGAAGAUAUAAUAUUAAUUAUCGAAUCAAGGAGCUUGGCACUCUUAUUCCAAAGUCUAAUGAUCCUGAUAUGCGCUGGAACAAAGGAACCAUUCUAAAAGCAUCGGUGGAGUACAUCAAGUGGCUACAAAAAGAACAACAGAGAGCUCGAGAAUUAGAACACAGACAGAAGAAAUUAGAGCAGGCUAACAGGCGACUUCUACUCCGGAUUCAGGAACUAGAAAUACAGGCUCGUGCUCACGGUCUGCCAACCCUGGCUUCACUUGGCACGGUUGAUUUAGGUACUCAGGUCACCAAACAGCAGACCCAUCCUGAGCAGAAUUCAGUAGACUAUUGCCAACAACUGACUCUGUCUCAGGGGCCACGCUCUGAACUCUGUGAUCAAGCUAUUGCCUUCUCUGAUCCUUUGUCCCACUUCACAGAUUUAUCAUUUAGUGCCGCUUUGAAAGAGGAACAAAGAUUGGAUAACAUGCUACUGGAUGACACAAUAUCACCAUUUGGAACAGAUCCUCUGCUCUCUGCCACUUCCCCUGCAGUUUCCAAAGAGAGCAGUAGGAGAAGUAGUUUUAGCUCCGAUGAUGGGGAUGAGUUAUGAGGAAUAAACAGGCUCAAUUCAUCUUCUGGGAACUACCCUGUGCUGGUGCUAUGCAGUUAUGCUCUGUGUUUCAUAUAUUGCUUUGGCUCAAUUUUUCUGAAAGGAAUAUCUUGACCAUGAAAAGCUGGUUGAUUAGAAGCAAGAGAAGAAUUUACAGGAAGAAAAAACAGAGUGUUGAAGAAUUAGUGAGGGCUUAAAAAGAAGAUGUUUUUCUCGUUGACUGAAGAGUCCCAAACUACUUAAAUCUUGUUUUUCUGGAUAGAGGUACAACGAGAUACAACUCUCUAUCUACGUUCUAAAAGCAGCAGCUUGGUGAUGUACCAUUGCAACUAACAGAUUGCCAAGAGCGAGUUGACUGAAAUACACAAACCUCCUUCGUCAUCCACUUUCCUCUUCUAGUCAACUCUUACAACAUCAGUUUUCAAGAAUUAAAAUCAGCAGAUCUGCAGCCACUGCCUUGCUCCAUAGUCUGAUGGCCAUGU